UAGGUUUUCGGAGCUGACGGACGCAGCGACACCUGUAGCAAUCAAGUGAAGAAGACCAGAUUGUAAAUUGCACGGCCUCUACCUUACGUGAUGACACUCACUCUCCUCCUGCUAGCCGCCGUUGUGGUGGGCUCGAAUGCCUUUGGAUUUGGGGGAAAUAGAGCUCAUCUAAACCAAAAUGCGACGUUCACCUGUGUGAAGUCCGGUGACUGGUGUUCCUUGCUGUUUUUCCUCGAGACAGCUGACAACCUGGAUCUUAUCUAUCUUGAAGACCCGGACGAGACAAAUACGAUCACUGCGGGGACUUACGACAGUGCCGGAAACGGGAUUGAUGGCGAUGGCAGUGCAGCUUUACCCUACUUUGUUAAUGUAACAAUGGACUGUAGUUCGUACCCAAUAACGCUCCACUCUCCGACUGGCAUACCCGUCAAAGUUAUGGCUCCGGACGUUUUCCAGAUCAAGGUGAUGGCGAAAGCCAAAUAUCAAGCCCCAUUUUUUGGCGAUGUGGUUACCAUUGAUGACACGAGAUACAGCCCCAUGUGCAACUGCAGUGAAGCAGAAUUUUCUCAAAUUACAGAAAAUAUAAUAGUAUCCGGGGACAUUGAGGAAGACGCCGUUGCCAUUACAGAGUCAGCGGAGCUCAAAGUGUACUGGGUUGAUGUCCCUUUUUUGAGCCCGGGCACCCUUACUGCUCUGGGUGCAGACACUUACUAUAUUCUCGUUUUAAAUCCAGAUAACACUGCCACUGGGGCGUUUGUGUUCAACUGCUAUAUCUGUGACGUGGCAGCGUGUAAUGGCUCUCAGACCUACAAUAUCAUCGGAGAAGACGGGUGCAGUAAAGUUGCUGGAUUGAGUGGAUUUUACAUGCAAGGUGGCGAGCUGCGCACUGACAUCUUCCAGGCUUUUAGGCUGGCCAACCAGCCCAAUUUGUUUUUGUCUUGUAGCGUGGGGUACUGUUACGAUUCUGCCGAUCAGAGAUGUGACAAUUACUGUGCCUUCAAUACAGGCCGCAGGAAGAAGCGACAAGCUGACCAAAGCAGCGAUGAGAAUAUUGAAAACAUCAGCGCCGGCUUCACGAUCACGGUAAAUAACAAUCGACCGGGAAACCCUUCGGAGGUCAUUCUACAGAGAGAGACUGCAACACAAAAACCAGUGUCAGAGUGCAACUUGCAGUACGUGGGCCUAAUGGCUGCUGUCAUAACUCUAUCAGGAAUCCUCCUCGUUGGCCUCAUCGUUGUUAUCCUCGUCUUCCUGCACAUGUCAAAGAGAUCUUCAGGGACUGCUGGUAAGGGUAAGGCAUGAGGGAGCCAUGCCCGUGACAGACCGGGUCUACCCUCACGACAUGGUUCUGACUGAAUCUGGCCAUAUACAUGGUGGACCAGGCGUAUCACAGCGGUUUGGAUUUCAAAGUGGAUUUGACCGACUCAUUCAUAAUUAUUUUUUUUAUUAAUAUUAUUAUUACCGUUAUAACUACCUUAAAUAACAAUGCCCCAAUUCCACGAAACGUCGGAUGCUGAUUAAAAUUUUAUCCAUUGUUAUACCACGGGAUCACCAACUGCUUCCUAAUGGGGCUGAUUUUUAUGAGUUAUAGAAUGUCCACCGUGCUCUGGCAGCAAUCUAUAUGCGAUUAUGUGAUGACCGAUUAACGGGUAUAUUAAAUGAUAUCUUGCAAACAUAA